AUGCAGCGUGCGAUGAACAGCGGAGCUCAGGCCUUCUUGGUGCACCUGUACGAGGUGGCAGCUUCCGAGAAAAUCGCGGACAUCGACACCCUCUGCGCAGCAGUCCCCGCGGAAUCGGCGAGCAUCAUUCGGAAGUAUCCCGAAAUUUUCGCGGAUGACCUCCCGGAUGGCUUGCCCCCCCAACGACCUGAGGAUCAUCGGAUCCAGCUGGAGCCCGGCGCGCAACCUACUGUUCGGACACAGUGGCGGCUCAGCCAACCAGAGCUCGCCGAGUUGCGGGCCCAGCUGGAUUACUUGCUCGCCAAGGGAUUUAUACGGCCAAGCACGUCGCCGUACGCAGUGCUGAUACUGUUCACAUCGAAGAAGGAUGGGGGCCUGCGCAUGUGCAUCGAUUAUCGGGCGUUGAACCGGGUCACGAUAAAGUCGCGUUACCCGAUCCCGCGAACUGACGAUCUGCUGGAUCAGCUUCGCGGAGCUCGCUAUUUUUCGAAAAUCGACCUGCGAGGAGGCUACCACCAAAUUCGCGUGUUCGCCGACGACUGCCCGAAGACCGCUUUCCGCAUACGCUACGGCACUCACCAUGAACGGGAUUUUUCGGGACAUGCUGGACAAGAAGGUCAUUGGUAUCUGGACGACAUUCUGGUGUACAGCGCGACAAAAGAGGACCAUCUGCGGGAUUUAGAGGAGGUGUUCCGGCGUUUACAGGGGCAUCGGCUGAUUACGAAGGGGUCUAAGUGCGAGUUCCUGAAGCCGGAAUUAGAAUUUUUGGGGCACGUGGUCUCUGGCGAAGGGAUUAAAAUCGAGCCGCGUAAGGUGGACGCCAUCGUUAAGUGGAAGCCGCCUACUAAUAUCCCUGAGUUGCAAAGUUUUUUGGGGUUUGUUAACUACGUUCGUCGUUUUGUACCUAAUAUGGCAGGGAUAACUAAGCCGCUGACCGACCUACUGCACCACGGCAGCGAUUUUAGGUGGGGGGAGAGGGAGCAGUCCGCCUUCAACGCCCUCAAAAACAUUUUGGGUUCACCCCCGGUACUCCGCCUCGCCGACCCAUCUCGACCGUUCGAAGUCGUCACGGACGCCAGCGAUUUCGCCGUCGGCGCCGUCCUGCUACAGGACUUCGGCCAAGGGCUGCAACCCAUCGCCUACGAGUCACGCAAGAUGCAGCCACCCGAGCGCAACUAUCCAGUCCACGACAAAGAGAUGCUGGCCAUCGUCCAUGCAUUUCGCUUCUGGCGCUGCUACCUCACGGGAGCCGACGUGACCAUUCGGACCGACCACAAAUCACUACAGUACAUGCGCACGCAACCGACACUCAACCCGCGACAAAUCCGGUGGUUGGACUUCCUCGAGUCCAAUUUUCGGUACACCAUCACGUACAAGAAGGGCGCCAACAACAUCGCCGACGCCCUCACCCGACCAUCCAUGCAAAACGCGGCGGUACUAAUCGCCCACACCAACCCGAUGCUGACGGGACUAUUCACCCACGGCUACAAGAUCGACAGGUUUUUUCGGAACCCGCAACAACAGGCUGCUACACCGCACGGCAAAUACUACCUAAAAGCCGGUACGAACCGGAUUUGGGUACCAGCAUACCAGCCUUUACGGGAGCUGCUGACGCAGGAGGUUCACGACUCCAACCUUUCCGGGCAUUUCGGCACCGACAAAACACUGAAGCUGCUGCAGCGGAAUUAUUACUGGCCGGACAUGCUCACCGAUGUGCAGCGCUACGUGUCAACUUGCCCGACCUGCCAAGCAAUGAAGUCGUCGCGACAAAGGCCAGCCGGACUACUGCAACCCCUCGAGCCACCCGAACGACCGUGGCAACAGGUGACGAUGGAUUUCGUCACGGGGCUUCCAGCUGGGACAAGUGGCAACGACUCGGUUUUGGUGGUCGUCGAUCGCCUAACGAAAAUGGCGCAUUUCGCCCCAUGCCGAACGACGAUCACAGCCGAAGAUACAGCCAAACUGUUCAUCUCCACCGUCGUACGCCUACACGGGUUACCUUCGGCGAUCAUCAGCGAUCGAGAUCCGAAAUUUACGUCGAAGUUCUGGCAGGAGACGUGGGCACAGUACGGUACCCGCCUGCAGUUUUCGUCGUCAUACCACCCGCAAACCGACGGACAGACGGAACGGACAAAUCAGACCGCAAGUGGGAGGAUUCGCUGCCGAUGCUGGAAUUCGCGUACAACAACGCCCGUCGGCCACGACUAG